UCCCUAAAUCAAAAGCUUACUGUCCAAUUCUCUCUCUCUCCACAUGACAACCCACAGGCAACCACCAGUGAUUAGCGCCUAAAGCCACCGGAUAAUUUUUUCCGGCUUGACCCUACUGCCUACAAACACUGUUAAAGAUAGUGGUGCCCCCGCUACCGUUAAAUCGUGGGUCCGCCUCUUAGUAGACUGUUGUGGAGAAACUCUUCAAAUUUGUUAGCUAUAGAGUUGGGAUAACUUUUCCCCUGUAUGAUUAUUUGGGUGCUCAACCUUUAGUUUUUACUUCAUGGGUUAUGAGUUAUUACCAAAAAAAUCUUCUUUCAACCUGAUAAAUGAAUUGGGUUUAUUUGAAAGGCAGAUUUUUUAUAGAAAAGAAAGAAGCUUUUGCAGAAAGUAUAUUGGUGCUUCUUCAGUAGUAUUAAUGGAAGAUUCUGAUUCUUGUUCAAAUGGUGAAAGUGAAAGCAGUAUGGAAAAUGAAGCAGUAGUUGUUCCACUAAGAAAAAUGUAUAGUUGCAGAGGGCGAAAGCUGUCCUCAGUUGUUACAAGAAUAUGCAAGUCUUUGAGUUGGGAAGUUGCAAAAGACAUUCCUUUUAGAAAAGCUAUGAGGAAAUAUGGCUUUUCUCGUUCGAUAAAUGCCUUUAAUAUGAUUAUUCAUAUUUUCGCGUUCGCGAGGAUGCAUAUGGAAGUUCAUGCCUUGCUUAAAGACAUUGUUUUCUACUUUCAGAAGGCUGGUUUUGACUUGUAUAAGAUAUUCCAUCUUUUUACUCUGCACACACCAUAUUGUGCAACAACUUCGGUUUUCGUGUCUGAUGUACUUAUCAAGGUGUUUUCUGCGAAUAAAAUGCUUGAUUGUGCAAUUGAUGUUGUUAAACAGGCAAGGAAAUUUGGGCUUCAACCAAGUAUUUAUUCAUGUAAUUUUCUACUGAAAUGCUUGGCAGAAGCAAGUAUGAAGGAGCAUCUUCUAAAUCUAUUUGAAGAAAUGAAAAGCUUUGGGCCAUUGCCUAAUGUAAGGACCUACACAAUCCUGAUUAACUUUUACUGCAAAAUCUAUCAAGGGAUAGAAGAAGCCAAAAAGAUUCUUGAAGAAAUGCAGAAAAGACAGAUUAGUCCUUCUGCUGUUACAUAUAGUACAUACAUUGAUGGACUUUGUAGAGUUGGAGAGGCUGAUUUUGCUCUGGACUUCAUUCGGGAUCUCAGAGAUAACAACAAGCCACUGAAUUGUUGCUGCUACAAUGCUAUUAUUUGCAGAUUUUGUGCUACAGGUGAAGUAAAUAAAGCUUUAAGCAUUUUUGACGAAAUGAAGAGUUUUGGAAUUAUACCAGAUAUCCAUAGCUAUAGCAUUCUGAUUGAUGGAUUCUGCAAAAGCCAGAACGUCGAGAAAGCUAUAAAGUUAAUUGAGGAGAUGAAAGAUAAUAACAUAAAGCCUACCGUAGUCACUUAUAGCUCACUUCUUAACGGAUUCUGCAAAAUUGGAGCUAUGGAAAUAGCUAUUAAAACGUUUUAUGAGCUUGAGAAUUCUGGAUACAAAUAUGAUCAGACUGCUUACACUAUCUUAAUAAAUGGAUUUUGUGCUCAAGGAAAUCUCACUUCAGCCUAUAAGCUACUGGUGGAGAUGAUCCACAAUAAUUUGGCUUCGGAUGAUUCACAUUAUAAGCGAUUAAUUCGUGGUUUCUGCCAGAUGGACCCCUCUAAUAAAAUGGAGUAUUUAAGUAUGAUGGUACAAGAAGGUAACUUGCCUGAUACCAUUACCUGCAAUUUCCUUGUCAAUUGGUACUGUACUGAAGGGAGUGUGACAGAAGCUUUGCAACUAAUUGAUAGAAUGGUAAACCAAUGCAUCACAUCAAAUAGGUAUCGCUAUAAUGCAGUCAUUAACAGGCUGUGCAAAGAUGGAAAACCAGAAAAGGCUUUGGAAGUAAUUCCGAUAAUGCUUAAGAGGAACGCAUUGCAUGUUGCAAGUUGUAACACUCUUAUCGAUGGUUUUGCUAAACAGUCCAAUUUAAAAAAGGCUUAUAUGUUGCAUGAGAAAAUGCAAAAACUUGGGAUUAGUCCUGACAUUAUCACGUGGACAAUUCUUGUGAACAUAUUAUGCAUGACAGGACAAGUGGGAAAAGCCAAUGAACUUCUUAGGGAUAUGAUUAUGAUGGGAUUGAAUCCUGAUACCAUCUCUUACACCUCCAUGAUAGCUGGCUUUUGUAAAAAUGGAUAUGUGAAUGAGGCCUUCAAAUUGUUCAAGAAAAUGCCACAUAUGCCUUCUGUUGUUACUUAUAAUUGCCUCAUUGAUGGAUGUUGCAAGGUAAAUAGAGUGGAUAUGGCUUUAAUGUUGUAUCGGAGAAUGCAAAAAGAUGGGAUUACUCCAGACAUUAUCACGUGCACAAUUCUUAUUAAAGGAUUAUGCAAGAGGAGCAAAGUGGAAAAAGCCUAUAAACUUUUUAGGGAAAUGAGACCGGAUCCUGAUAAGGUCGCUUACACCUCCAUGAUCGACGGCUUAUGUAAAAUGAGAUAUGUGAGUGAGGCUUUCGAAUUGUUCAAGGAAAUGCCUGCGAAGAUGCCUUCUGUUGUUACCUAUACUUGCCUGAUUGAUGGAUUUUGCAAGGAAGGCCGAAUGGACAAGGCAGAAAUGUUGCUAGAUGAAAUGCGAAGACAGAAUGUCUCUCCUGAUGUCAAAACUUAUAACAUAAUGAUUUAUGGAUACAAAAGACGUGGACAAUUGGAUCUAGCUUAUGGUAUGUUUUGUGAGAUGAUAGACGAAGGUAUCUUGCCCGAUGAUGUUAUCUUCGAAACCCUUAGGGCUGAAACAGAUACCAUGAUGCCAAAAUAAGACGGAAUUUGCUAAGCUCAGUCCAUAACAUGAGGUGGCUUUUGCAUGAUAUUAGUGAAAGUUUUACCUGGUUCUCGCAUCUCAUCAGUUUUUCUUUGGAAGUGCUAACUGGGAUUUCUUGAUACUAUAGGGAGAGUUGAUUAUCAGCUUUCUCAUUGAAUUCAACUCUAAGUUGGUUGCAGACAUAAAUCCUGGUGUGAAAGCUUUAAUGCUGUAAGUUGCUGAAAAAGUUAGAAAAUCAUUAUGCUACAACUUUACAGCACAUUUACGGAAUACCAGAUGGGAAAGAGCUGGGUCCAAGCUUUGCUAAACUGAGUUUGGUUUUGGAAGCCCAAUCAGCUGUCCUAUUGGACAUGACGGCAGGUAUGGCGGAGUGUCAUCCAACAUAUAGACUCAGUUUCGAAAGUUCAAAUUAGCUUGGAUCAUCUCUGCAACCCGAAGCUUGAUAUUGAAACUUGAAAGUUGAGACCUAUCUAUUUCUCAAGAUCUGUUUGAUGAUUUAGAAGGUCAUAGCUUAUACCGACUUGGAAAUCCUGUUGACCUGACUUGUUACUGCUGAGGAUUGAUAUGAAGGGUUGUAAAUGGAGAUCAUCUCAAUCAACAGAGUUUCAGCCGGAGUUAUCUUCCACUGCGACAUUUCUAGUGCAGAACUCCAAGAUGAAUUCUUCGGACUCGUACUACAGGUGGCAUCAAUCAUAACUUAUGAACACCUAAAAAACACUUUUUAAUUGGGGAAUCAAUUAAAUCUCUGAUUGGUUCUACAAUGUGUUGUUGCUGCAGGGGAAGAAAAACUUUGGUUUUGUCAUGUUUGUGGCCAUAUGUGGCAUUACGCAACUAAUGUCAUCCGUUCAGUCUCAAUCAGUUGACACCCUAAAGCAAAGAGGGAAUUACUUAGAUUAGCAGUUUUUCAGUUCAGCUGCAUCUAGAUGGGGGAAAACAAUCAAGAAACCUUUCAGGUUAACGGAGAUGCUCGAAAUCUGGAAGCUUAGAAACAGGUGGUUAGAUCUGUUUUUGUUCGAAUGAGUAUAUCAACGAGGCUGUCGUGCAGAUUGCAGUAGUGAAGCAAAUGGGGGCAUCAAGAUUUGGGAUUUGAGAAACACCUAAGGUUACACUCUGAAGUUCCCUUUAGUGAUGGAAGUUACUUUGGUUCAUCACUAUUUUCUUGAAGAAAUUUAAGAGGGUGAGAGAGAACCGAGUUGUCUCCUGCAUGCCUUUUAACUUGAAAAUUACGUUGAUGCAUCAAUUUUUCCAAUGCAAAUAUUAAUAGAACAAAACUAGGUAUUGGUUCUAUAACCAGGAUACGAGUUGUAUAACUUGUGUUCACAAUCCUACUUUCAUUUUCAGAUAUCUUUUCUAUUCAAUCGGAUUCUCGGUUAUUAUAAAAACUGUUCUUAGUUUCUGCCCAGAAA